AAUUAUAUUUCUUUAAUUAAUAACAUGGAAAUAGAAGGGGUCAUAUAUGUAGAACAAGAAAUACAAGAUUUUUCAGAAUCGAUGCAAAAAGCCCCUAAAAAGGCCAAAACGAUCAGCCGAGCUCUCCUUUCCGCGCUGUAACUGCAAUGCAGCGUUCAGGCUAUCUUCUUUCGGGCCUUCCCACUAUCCUAACUCACAAGCCGUUGGUAGUUCCCUUGAUCGCUUCCAAUAGUCGCGGGCUGCUAGCUCCGUCAAGCGUCAACCAACCGCUGUUUAGUCUGCUCCUCAUGCCAUGCGUUACCUCUACUUCCACGGCAACGCAAGCCAGGCUCGGCCUAUCCGCCACCACCUCCUCGCCUACCUCGACGCCUGCGCCUCGCGGGCCCACCUGGCGGAGCUCCACGGCCGGCUCGUCCGGGCCCACCUCACCUCCGACAGCUUCGUCGCCGGCCGGCUCAUCGCCCUCCUCGCGUCCCCCGCGGCGAGGCAUGACAUGCGGUACGCGCGCAAGGUGUUCGACGGAAUGGCCCAACCGAACGCGUUCGUGUGGAACUGCAUGAUUAGAGGGUACAGCAGCUGCGAAGCCCCCCGGGAUGCAUUGGCGGUGUUCAGGGAAAUGCGUCGGAGGGGAGUCUCUCCUGAUAAUUACACUAUGGCAGCGGUCGUGUCGGCGAGUGCUGCCUUUGCUGGCUUGAAGUGGCGGUCAAAUGGGGACGCAAUUCAUGCGCUGGUUCGGAGGAUUGGGUUUACAUCGGAUGUGUUCGUCAUGUCAGGUCUUGUUAAUUAUUAUGGUGCCUUUAGAAGUGUUGAGGAAGCAAGCAAGGUUUUCGAGGAAAUGUAUGAGAGGGACGUGGUGUCUUGGACGUCAAUGAUAUCAGCUUGUGCACAGUGUGGUCACUGGGACAAAGUGCUAAAGAUGCUUUCUGAGAUGCAAGCAGAAGGAAUUAUUCCUAACAAGGUCACGAUUAUAAGCCUGCUUUCUGCUUGUGGCCAAACACAGGCUGUUGAUGAAGGCCGGUGGGUGUACAAUCAGGUUGGUAAAUUUGGUAUCGAGGCAGAUGUGGAUAUCAGGAAUGCUCUCAUAAGCAUGUACACGAAAUGUGGAUGCUUGUCUGAUGCUUUAGAAGCAUUUCAAGCCAUGCCUGCAAGAUAUACUAAAUCAUGGAAUACGUUGAUCGAUGGCUUUGUGCAAAAUCAUGAGCACAAAGAAGCGCUAAGAAUAUUUGAAGAGAUGCUGUUGCAUGGCGUAACUCCAGAUGGUAUAACGCUUGUAAGUGUCUUAUCAGCAUGUGCUCAACUUGGUGAGUUGCGGAAAGGCAUGCAUGUUCACAGUUAUAUCAAAGAUAAUGGGAUCUGUUGUGACAAUAUCCUUACAAAUUCUUUGAUCAACAUGUAUGCCAAAUGUGGUGAUAUGGCUGCAGCUGAAAGGGUUUUUCAAACUAUGACAAAAAAGGAUGUUGUUUCCUGGACAGUUAUGGUUUGUGGUUAUGUGAAGGGACAUCAAUUUACAAUGGCCUUCAACCUAUUUGAAGAAAUGAAGAUUGCAGAAGUCGUGGCACAUGAAAUGGCACUGGUUAGUCUACUUUCUGCUUGUUCACAGCUGGGAGCACUUGAUAAAGGAAGAGAGAUACACUCUUAUAUAGAAGAGAUGAAUGUAGCCAAAGAUUUGUGCCUAGAAAGUGCCCUGGUGGAUAUGUAUGCAAAAUGUGGCUGCAUUGACACUGCUUCUGAAAUAUUUAGAAAAAUGCAGCAUAAGCAGACCCUCUCAUGGAAUGCCAUGAUUGGAGGUCUUGCAAGCAAUGGUUAUGGAAAAGAAGCAGUGGAGCUCUUUGAUCAAAUGCUGGAGUUACAGGAUCCAAAACCGGACGGCAUUACUCUUAAGGCAGUUCUUGGUGCCUGUGCACAUGUAGGAAUGGUUGAUGAAGGUCUCCGUUACUUCUAUUUGAUGUCAAGCCUUGGUGUUGUCCCUGAUACUGAGCACUAUGGUUGCAUAGUAGACCUCCUGGGGAGAGCUGGUAUGUUAGACGAGGCAUUUCACUUUAUCAAGAAGAUGCCAAUAGAACCCAAUCCUGUAAUUUGGGGAUCACUUCUUGCUGCUUGUAGAGUUCAUCACAGAAUGGAUCUAGGAAAGGUAAUUGGACAGCAUAUCGUUAACGUAGCUCCUAAUGAUGUGGGAGUGCAUGUGCUCGUUUCAAACUUACAUGCUGAAGAAAGUCAAUGGGAUGAUGUCGAACAUGUUAGAGGACUAAUGGGAAGCAGAGGUAUAGAGAAGACACCUGGACACAGUUCUGUCCAGGUAUAAACCUUCAGAGUUCAGACUAUGUAAACUUCACUUGAAUACAUGAUCUACCAUUGAGUAAAAUAUAGAAAGUUUGCAGGAGCAAAUGACAUGAUUUCUGUCUCAAUAUCAAAUGUCUAAAGCAGGAUCUAAAAGUUCUCAGGUUAACUUCUGCUGUUGAGCAUAGUCUAUAGCAUGGCCUACAGAAUGUUUGGUUGCAUUACUGAACUGUGCUUUACAAACCCUGUGUGAUACUAUCUGUUCUGGCGUCAAAGGUCAUACCAACAUUUUAGUUGCCCACUGAAGGCUUAUGAAAUUGUGCUAACUGGGCCACGGCUGUAGCCGGGUAAGACAAUAAUGCCUACAUGUGGGUAUGCUGCGUGCCUGCGUGACUGCUGAUCUCCGUGCUGAAUCCUUGGCCAGCCAGCCACAGGUGAAAAAGAGAGGCACAAAUGUGCAUUUAAGUAGCUGUAGUUACUAACGUAUAUCGGGAGAGAAACAACAACAAAGCCAGUAUUUAAUUUCUGCAUCCAUAUAAUCACAUUUUCUCUA